AUGCAGCCAGCUCCCAAUGAAAGAUUCCGGAACUGUUGGGAAAAUCUCUUAAAACUGGAGCAGAAUAACAUAUGUGGUUUAUUCGAAUCACUAGAUACAGAAAAAUUUCUCGAAGAAACAUGGACCAAGAACAACUCGAAGAAGAAAAAAAUAGGAUCAGGAAUAACGAGGAUCCUGGAGAAUGGACGAGUGUUUGAAAAAUGUGCAGUGAACUACUCCUGUGUAAAUGGAACCAUUGACAGAGAGACUGCCAAGCAGAUGUGCGUCAAUCAGUACAAUAAAGAGUACAUCAAUACCAAGGAGAUUUGCUACUCGGAUGAUCUUAACCAAGUUAUCUCUCGCAUUAUAAGCAACGGGGGGUUAAAGAUAGUUCGCGAGAAAUACAAGUACUAUGCUUCUGGGUUGUCCAUCAUUGCGCAUCCACUGAAUCCUAAUGCGCCCUCCAUCCAUAUGAACUUUCGCUUUUUCCAAGUAUUCAUCAAAACGGGGCGGAAAAAGAAGAAAAACACCCCGGUUGCGAAUAGUAGCAAUACGCCAUAUACCAACGCCUACGGUGCUACCAAUAAAGGAGGCCAAAAUGGACAUCUCACCAAUGUGAACGCAGCUCCUAGCAGCACGGAUACUUCGAAGAGUCAUAUAGAUAACUACUACCGAAGUUUGAAACAUUGGUUUGGAGGAGGAUGCGACUUGAGUCCCAGUUAUAUUUUCCCAGAAUUAUUCAUCCACUUUCAUCACUCAUUUAAGAUAGUCUGCGAUAAGUAUAAUCACUUAUUUUACAAGUAUUUCAAAAAAUGGUGCGACAUGUAUUUUCGAAUUAAGCACAGAAAUAUCAGCAGAGGCAUUGGGGGAAUAUUUUUCGACAAUUUAUUGGAUAACACUAUAAAGACAAAGAUAAAAGGGAAAGGGAAAAAUGGAAAAGCGAGAGAAUUGCAAAAUAUGAGUAUCAACCUUACCAACAGAAACGGCAGUAACGCUAGCGCUAACUAUAAUAGCAGCCAUACGAAUAAAAAACUUCCGUCCGAUGAGACGCCAUGUAAAUGUCAUAGCUGCAAUCCCAUCAUGGAUAACAGCUACAGAAUGAUCUUCUUAUUUGUCCAAGAGUGCAUCAUUAAUUUUCGUAAAUCCUACCUCUACAUUCUCGCGCAGACAAUUCAUUGUAAGUAUGACGAGAAUAUGGUUAAUUGGCAACGUGUCUGCCGGGGAAGAUACGCGGAGUUUAAUUUAAUAUAUGACCGAGGCACUAAGUUUGGACUCGAAUUGAAUACUUACAGAACUUAUAAGAGAAAGAAACAGUCGGACAAAAUUGAAAAUUAUGCCUCCACCUUUCUGAAGGAUGAAGUUUUUUCCGACCAGAAUUCGGACUACUUGUCAGAUGAGCAUGAAAAGAUCGACAACGUCUUUGCCUCCCUUCCCCUCAAGUGCGAAUUUUUUUACAAGUACAAAAUUGUGAAGUUCUCGCGCGAGUAUGAGACGCUGCAGGUGUUGAAGCAUCCGAAGAAGUGGGUCGACUACUAG